GUAAAAAAAAACCAGCGUUGGAAAAAAAAUUUUCGUAAUGUCUUCAAAUAAUCCGGGUUCCCCAUCAAAAGUAUCACAAGUUGAUAAUAAUACUGGUGAUAAGCAACAGCAACAACAACAACAGGCUCAGCCACAAAAAGAAUCGAUACCACAACUCGGUGCUUUAGAAGAAGACGACGAAUUUGAAGAAUUUAUUGCUGAAGACUGGAAUGAAACAGAAGAAGAUCAAGAAACUCAUUUAUGGGAAGAUAACUGGGAUGAUGAGGAUGUUGAAGACGAUUUCUCUAAACAAUUAAGAGCUGAAAUCACAAAAGAUAGUGGUAAUUCACCAAUGCCUAUGAAAAUUUAAUAAUAAAGUUUAAUAGAGAUAUAUAAAAAUGCUUAAUAGCUUUUUUUUAUAAAUGUUUAAUAAAGCAAUUUUCUAGUUAAUUGAUAUUUCCAUAAUGUCUAAUAUGUACAUUUGCUUCAGAAAGUAAUAUUUAAUUUUGCAUUAUAUAAUAAUACAUUAAAUAUUCCUUUUUUUUUAUUAUUUUAAGAUCAUAUUACAUUGAAUUAUUUUCUUUAAAUAAAAAAAAAAUACUGAUAUA